UGGUCGUAUCGUAGCACCAAAUUAAACUUAACAAUGUCUCGUCUUACGAUUUUCUUCGUCAUCGCAUUGGCAUGUGAAGUAUUUGGCGAAGGUGCAGAGAAAGACUCUCGCCCGGCCCAAUCGGGCAUCAUUGGUGUGGGUGCCGCCCCAUUGCUUUCUGGUCUUGGAGGAAUUGGUCUGGGUGGAGCAGGUAUCGUCGCCGGCCCCGCACUCGCUGGUCCAGCAGUCGUCGCUGGCCCAUCACUUGCCGGUCCCGCUAUCAUCGGUGGCCCUACUAUCGGAAGUGGAGCAGCACUCAACAACGCCGCUGCCGUCGGUGCCGCACAACUCAGCGCCAUCCAAAACGCUCAAGCAGUCCAAGCUGCACAGAUCGCAAACUCCGCUGCUGCCGCCAUCCAAGGUGCUCGAGUAACCGAAGCUGCUGCGAGAGCCGGCCAAGUAAACGCUAUUAACAACGCCCAAGCCUUAGACGCAGCGCGUAUCGCCAACAUACAAAGAGCUCAAGCUGCAGCAUACGAGAACGCCAGAGCAGCGGAAGCCGCGAGACGCGCUGCCGCCGCUAGUGCUUUAGAACUCGGACGUGCUGCUGAAGCUGAACGUUUAGCCAAUGCAGCUCGAGUACAGGCGAUCGCUAUUGCAAACACUCGUGCCGUUGAAGCAUCUCGUAUUGCGAAUGCUGCCAGAGCUCAAGCUGCAGCUGUUGCCUCCACAGCCGCCCAAGCCCAGGCUGUCGCGGAUUCCGUAGCUAGAACCGCUAACGAUGGUGCUUUGUUGCUGGGUGGUGGUGGACUGGUAGGCAGUGGUCUCGUCGCUGCCGGCCCCGCAGUUGUCGCCGCUGGACCUGCAGUAGCUGCUGGUGUACCAGUAGCCGUCGGAGGUCUCGGCCUUGGAGGAUACGGUCUGAGUGGAUUAGGCUUAGGAGCUGGCAAAAUCAUCCACUAAUUUGGCGAUGUGUUUGAAGAUUACCAGUGAUGAAUUUCUUACAAUAAAUAGC